AUGAUGUAGGUAAUGACCUUUCUUUCUGUACAGUUAUGAAGAGCUUUCUCGAGAUUUUAAAAUCUUUAAAAACUUAGGUUAACGUCUGCAGUAACAACAUAUAUUUAAUUAUCAUAUUGCAUUUCCAACAUAUCCUCUGCCAAACAACAUGAUCUUAACGUUAAUAUACUGUUUAGUCAUUGUCUUAUCAUAACAUUUGUUUUCAAAACAUUUAACAUUAUUUAUAUUAAAAUCUAAUAUCAUACAUUCCAUUUGACUUGGCUGUCUGACCGGCUUAAAAGUGGGCCCAGCUUGGCAGCCAGAUCUAAUUUUUAUUUUUCUGGCAAUGCAAGAACUAUAAUAUACAAUAUUAUGGUUAAAUAACUUUAAAAGCAUAAUAAAUAUGAGAAAAAAUAUAGUACAUUACACGUUAAUUUAAAAGAUUUAUAAAGAAUACGAUAAAAUACGGAAAGAAAAAGAUAAUCCGACACAAAACAUUGAAAAAGAACAUGUUAUACGACGGAAGCUAGGGCGCAACUUUCGCCGUCUUCUUAUAAUCUAUGAAAAGAUUUGAUUGACUUUUGAGGAAGAGCUUCUAAAGCUUUAGCUAAAGUUGUAUUGAAGAUUUUAAGUCGACAAGCUUCUUUUUAAUUUUCAUGAACUUCUUAAAUUAUUUUAUUUCAGCAUGACUUCAACAAUGGACAUGUUUUACUUGUUUCGCACUCUGAGUGAAGAAGAGAUCUUGGACAAUGUUGUUGAACGAAUAUACACUUAUAUCUUGGCCGAAUUUCCCAAAGUUGUUACUGUUGACGAUGUUAUCGACUAUUUCGACGAGUUUUUUAGGAUGCCAUUGAAUCAAGUUGUCAAUAGAUUGGGCUACAAGAACUUUACAAUGUUUUGCAAGUACAACAAAGGCAUGAACAACAUGUUGGACAACUUUAAUGGCGAUGGGACGAUAAAGCCGAUUAUUUUUGAAUAUGCACAGGAUCAGGCCAGGAUGAAUGCAGAGGCGUACAAGCAAAGGCAGGAAGAGGAGCGGCUGAAGAGAAUGUAAGGUUUUAUUGUAAAUAUUCAUUGUUUAGAUAUUAAAUUGGUCUUUGAAAGCUGAAGAAAGCUGUGAUAUUGCAAAUAUUAGCUAUUAGAAUUAUUGUGAUAGUAAACGAAUUUAGUUUCUUUAAAACAAUGUCUGAUUUAUAUUGUUUUAGGGAGGCUUGGCAAAAGGAAAUGGAAAGAGUGAUAAAGGGAUACGAAGAGAAGGGCCAUUUUCCAACUGACGAUGAAUUAGAAGUAAGUUUCUUCAAUAAUUUGUGUUUUACGUUUAGAAAUAUGAUCUGAAGGGUGCUUUUAUACAUGAAUCUUAACUAACAGGGCAGUUUUUGAGUUAGUUUUGUCUUUUGAAUUAAACUCUGUCUGAUAUUUUUCAUUGUAUUAAGGUAAACUGUCUAACACUUUUAAUUCAAUGACAAAAUAAGUAUACAAAUUAGUUUGUUUUUUCCUUCAUUAAUUACUAAAACCCUUGUUGUAGUACCGCCAACUGAUCUGCCAAUGUGUUCUAAGAGGCAUGCAAGAUCGCAAACCACUUACACAUUCUGGACUUAAUGGUUAUUUGAAAGAGUAUGGAUGUGGACUUAAUGCUGAGGUAUGUAUACAGACUAAUAAUGGUUAGGGGAUUUAAAAAGUUUGUAUUAAUGAUUAUUGAAUACAUUGCACUAAUUUCAGCUGAAUUAUUUAUUUACUUGAACUAUAGUUAGAGUUCUCUUUUAUAAGUCGGAUUUUUAGUUGUACAAGCAUUUCCAAGCCGUCGGUCGCUAUAAGAGUACUCCUAAAAUGAACGACAUUUUAAAAGCGAUGAGCUUCGAAAUACGGGGAAACGGAAAAAUAGAUACCAUCAUUUUCUCCUUUCAGCCAUGGAUUCCAAGUAAGUAUAACCGUUUUUUCUUGAAAACUUACUUUUAGCUAUACGGUAUUUACUGUAUAUUCUACUGUAGCUAGAUUUGAUUUGCUCUAGAGUGUCCUCGAGGUUAAUAUAGCCUAUUUUAUGUUUAAAAUUUAUAGUCUUUUUAGUAUAACAUACAUCUAUAAUAUUGUUUCAGGCUACGACGUCAUCAUUGCCUUUUAUGAAGAAGUUAAAAAGAGGAGAGAAGAGUUCUUGGAACGACACCGUCCUCCGAAAACGCCGGCCAAAAGCUCGCCAACGGUCGACUGGGAAUGA